AUAAUAACGGGUCUAUUGAGUACUAUAUAUAGCGCCCGGAUUGCGGACAUAUGGCUCGAGACAUAUUAUGGCACUAAUCAUACCUACCGUUCCCAUAACCUGAAGCCAACGGAAAUGAUAUUCAACGUGAUGGGGCUGGUAGGCAUCAUAAAGUCCAUAACGUGCCUCAUAUUCACGUACGCCAUACACAUGACAUUUGCCACCAUUUUCAUGGUCAUCGACUCGUUCACCAAUAAAUACGAGUCUAUAGUAGCCGUGGUAUACCUGAUGGUAACGGUGCUCUCGUACCUACUAUUUCGAGCUACACGUAAGCGCCGGCAUGUCGACCGUAACGUUGGUAUUAUGGAUACUAUGGGACCGGCACCACAAAUUGGACAGGGUGUAAUGUCGUAUAAUAAUAAUGAUCAUGUUCAUGCGAAAGGGUAUCCUAGUAUUUACCCGACUAUUCCCACUCACGACAUAUUCAGCAUUGAUGGACAUACCGUUCCCUCGGCACCGCCAUUGCCAACGCACAUGCAAUUCAAUAAUUUCUCAAAUAUU